AUGGUGUUGUGCUGCUGGCUGGCGACCCAUGGCAAGUAUCAAAACUGGGGCAAUAUUAGCAGUGGUGGAAGGUACAAGACUGAUUGGAAUGGUUGUUCUUUGCAUUGCAUGGAUGACUCAGAGCAAGCUGCGUUUAAGUCAGAUCCUUGGGCUUACGAUCUGCAGCAUGAUCAGGUGCUGGGGGUGAUGCAGUUGGAUGCCGGUUUCGCUUACAAUGCCCUAGCUGUUCUGAAUGAGUGCCAGCGAAUGCAGUACAACUUCUGGCAGUCGGUUUUCGGAACUGAGUGUUUGCAUGGCAAUCUGUACUAUUUCAAUGUCACAGAUAUUCAGGUCUUUGCGAAACCGGUCGAACUUCCUGUUACUGACCAUCGCAGGUUGAAGUGCUUCUUUGGCCAGGUUGAUCUGAACUCACCAGAGGACCUCGUUGCACAACUGCAAAGGGACAUGAACGGUUCCCCUCUGGCUGACUGGGUCGAUCAGAGCUGCCACCUAGUGGUGCGACUGCCAGGUGCCCAUGCUUUUCUCAUUGCCCGCCAGAAAUGGUCCUCGUUCUGUUUGCCAGACCCUUUGCCCGAGCACUUGUUUUCAGUCGGGGUCCGGCAAAAAUCUAAGAUCUUUGGAUGGUCGUACAUUCAGAGCUUGGCGCAGAAGUUCAGCAUUGCGCCUCAAAUUGAAACCUUUCAGGUGCCUGAGAUGUCUGCAGACCUUGCGGAGGAGUUUGCCCAAACAGUGCGCAUGUUGUCUGCUCGCUUGAACCCUCAAUCCAAUGAGGAUGCUGCUCUGCUUGAGGGCUGCUAUAGAGCAGCUUACAUGCUUCAGCGUAUGAAAGAUGAGUUGGAUUUGUGCAGCCUCAACAGGAAAGUGGUUCGAUGUCAGGGCCGCGUGUGCACGAAUAGACUUCCCUAUCAGGCAGCAUACAUGUUGCAGUGCAUUCUUCUGACAAGUCAUUUACGAGACUCCAGUGAAUUGAAAGACGUUCUUCUGAGGGCCAUCGACAUUGUCAUGCCAAAGAGUUUGCCUGAGGCAGUGCACUCCUCUUUGCAAGGCCCCAACUUUGGUUUUGGACUGCGUGUGCCAAGUGCUGGAAAGAUUUCUCGAGCAAGGCUGAGCGUGGAUACUGCCCUGAUGCUGCGAACACGUCGGUUAAACCGCGAGGCUCUUCAGGAUGGAGGGGUGGUGAGGUAUGUCAUGAUUGACUCGUCCGUUCAGGGUCAUUUUGAUUUUGAGCUGAUCCGGAUAACGUCCUUGAGAAAGAAUGCUUGCGCAGACCUUUUUGGUGCUGCGUUGGAGAGCAGCGAACUUUGGGGUGGCUACUUGGAGAGGAUGGAAGAUGAGGUUCUGGCAGACACCUAUGAUCGGGAAGUUGAGCUUCAGGCUGAAAUGUGGGCCAGCAUUGACACACAUCUGGCACCGGCGGUAGUGUUGGGUAGUGCACACAGCAAACUUUUCCAUAAGUUUCAUGCCGCAGUUCAUUGCUUUUUCUUGGAGACAGGCAGUGCUUUGGAAUUGCAAGACUUUUGCGGUUCAAUCUUCGCAUUUACAACUGAUCAGGGCACCGAGAUGGGGUUACACAACGUGCCUCCAGUCUUGGUGAGAAGGGUGUUGCCCUGGGUUGCACAUCUCGACACCGCCGCUGGCGCUGAUGACCGCGAUUUGGCACCACCUGUUGAGCACGAGGAAGACGCCCACGCGACAGUCAACUUCAGCAACUCUGUGGGCAUAGCAGGUCUAUUGCACAUCAUUCACAACUCAACUAUGGACUUGGGGAAGUCGAUGCUUUUUUUUGACGAGGCCGUCAAGCAGUUGACGCACAUCUCAAAGCUGUUGUGCAAAAAGGAAUCACGCCAGCGUUUGCUUGAGACUUGCUUCUCUGACCGCAUCGGCAGGUACCUUCAAGCAGACGUCAAGGGCUUCAAGGCGAAACUCAAUCCAUCCCGUUGGGGAAGCCUUGCCCACUGUGUUGUAGAAGUUUUGAAGAUUGAAACAACCCUACGGUUUGGCUGGAAUUUGAACAAGUACGGCGCGGCCCGUGAUGCAGAUGAUGCAAGUGGCCAUGGCGUAGAUUUGACUGUGAUAGAUUCUGCGCUAACCUCACGAGAGUUCUGGGGCGUGCUGAGAAUGAUGGACUCCAUUGCGAAGGUUCUGAACUCAUGUUUGCAUUGGGUGGAGUCUUGUCAAUGCCACAGUCAUUGGCCGGAAGACGAAAUGCCCAAGAAAGUGAAACAACUAUGGGCCACUUGUCCCCUCAGAGGUUGUCGCGCGCCUGAGCUGGCGUGCGGUGAUUUUCAGGCGCUCAUGCGAAGUUUGAGUGGAACCAGCGCAUCAGAGCUCUUGGCGACAUUGCCGAGAGACAUAUCUCAAGAAUCUCGUGCUGCAAUCUUGCAGGAUUUCCAGCGAGGACGUGCCCAUUUGCUUUUUGUGGUCAACCUGAGAUUGGCUCACUGGAAGGAGGCGCCGUAUCUUGUCUUCGGCUGUGCCCAUUUGGACAGGCGAAAGUCAAGAGAGUGCCUCCGGAGAUGCAUUGCCAUGCCAGCUACCACUCCACUUCUUGCCACGUUGCAGCAGAAUCCUGUCAGGGAGCAGGUGGAUCGCUACUUGAACGGGGAGGAACUUGCAGCUGUGCCUGAUCUAGCGCAGUUUUUGGGCAUGCUGCGAUUUUGCCCCAUAGAAGAACGUGCUGUGGAAGGGGAUCAUGCUCAGAUUCACAAAAAGAUUGCCCUUGCCCGCAACCACACUCCAGCCUAUGUCAGCUUGGCUCGCCGCAUGAACAAGCUUCGAAGUGACACAGCGGCGCAACCGGAGAUCUUCAAGGAGUUGGCAUCUUUCUAUGAUCAGGUUCACAGUCCUGCAAGAGCUCUGAAAGCGCUUGGUUUGCAGCAUCACCCAUCCACUUUGCGCAUUUGUGGGUAUCGUGACCCAAUGCACAUGAAGAUAGUUUACCAUGCAGACCCGGCUACGAUGUACCAGCGAGAGCAGCCAUGGUCAGAUCUUGCUCCCCCUGCACCUCCUGACAGCGACAGGCUUCACCACCAACCUGCGCCUGAUGAGUCUGAAGCUGAUCCUUCAGAUCAGCCAGUGCCAGUGCAAGCUCAUGACAAUGAAGCACCGGUCGGUGCUCUGUCAAAGUCUUCAGAUAGCCAGCCUCCCCGCAGGGUCCGGGGAAAGCAGUCGGAUGUUCAUGCUGUUGAGUUGCAGUCGCGUGAUGAAGCAGUGGUGGCCUUGGGAUUGAACAACGCUCUGGUGCCCAUGACAGAUGAUGCUGUUUUGCAGCGGUAUGCUUUGCAGUCCAUGUCUGGGCUUCUGGAUGAUUCAACUUCAGUGUCUGACAAAAUCUACUCCAUGCCAUUCAGUAACCAGGCACUUCGAAGCUUGCGCUGGGCAGCCUGCCGGCAUUCAGACGAUGACCCUGUGCCGGUCUUGGAUUGGGAUUCCUUCAGCUUGCGAGGUCAUGUGUUUAUGCAGAUCAUUCGCAAAUCCGUUGGGAAGGUUGUUGUGCCUACCCGCACAGGUUUCUCCAACACCGACUGGGCGGUUUCCUUCUUGAGGGUUACGGCAGUGAAGCGGCUGGGUGCUGGCUUUGGCGUGGUUGUCAACUCGAGCCCUGUCAGUUUACAAGACUUGGAUUGCGACGAGUCUGCCACUCCUGUGGUACUCUGCCUGGAAGCUUUGCCUCUGGAGUCAUUGCUGGGCAUGAGGAAAUGGGAGAACACAAGCAAUCUUGCAUGUCAUCUAAGAGUGCCAGCAGACGAUCCUGACAAGCUUGCCUUUGAAGAUUCUGCGUGUCAGUCGUUGUUGAGUGAUUUGCUGGCAGCCGGUUCCUACACCGUUGCAGGCAACGACCCUUUGCACACCGAGAAGUCUCAGCUGUUGGAAAAGCUUGAAGCUCGGGACUGGGCUAGGCGUGACAAGGAUGGCGGCUGGGCAGUGACAAAGAAGGGCCACAGGCGCGUCGAAGUUGAGACCGUCUUGACAAGUUUGGGGAAAGUGUUCGAGGCUCGUGAUGUGGGGCUUCAGGACAUGGAAAUGGUAGAGCUGUUGUUGACUCUUCGAGAUCAAGGCUGGCACCACCAAGGGCUGGAGUCCAAGAGACUUUUGGACAAAGGCGCAGCGUAUAAGCUUGAAGAUGAGAAGAUUUGGUAUUACCUCAAGACAAACUCAUAUCUUUGCAAAGAUUACCUUCUCUGCCUGCUCAAAGCAGAACAGCAUGGCAGCCCUGUUCCACACCUUCAGCCUGCCAACGUGUACGCACAACUGCUAGGCAAGCCAGGGUCCACCCAAACUCGUCGCAGGAAAGAGAAUGCCUUGAUUUUCAUGGAUGAUGAAGACGUUUGGGUGGCAGAGUCAGCUCUUGUACCUGUGCGAGCUCCACGAAAAAGAGCCCGUCUUGGGGUUCAAUCGGCUCCUGCGUUGGAGGAUGCUGACGAUGCUGACAUGGGCGAAGAAGGCGUUGAGCACGAUGUUGUUGAGGCUGAGUCCGAGGCAGAGGCCCACGCUCCAGAGGAAGCUGCAGCUGGAGAGGCGGAACCCAGGCCAGAUGCAAGUUCCUCUUCAUCUUCUUCAAGCAGUUCUUCUUCUGGUUCCAGUUCACAAAGCAGUGGGGGGUCUGAUUCCUCAUCUUCUUCCUCCUCUUCAAGUUCCGAUAGCGAGAGCAAGCAGGGUGGCAAACGUGCUGGGAGGAGGGCAGAGGGUUUGACGAGAAGACGUGAUGUGGCCACAUCUUAUGGUCUCUGUCGCAUAACUCCCACAAAGACCGGCUUCCAGCUGACCUGUAAGCACCCCAAACAUGAUUCCGGUACUGCGGCGUGCACGAAAACACGAAGUUCCAAGAUCGAUGGUCCGGAGGUGACCUUGAGAAUGUUGAAGUUUUGGGCCCAGAAAGGCCGCCAUGUAUCUUCCAAGAAGGAACAUCAGGGCCGAUGCUGGCAAGAAGUUUUGAAGGCCUUCAAGAAUGGCACUCUGCCAUCUGAAGAAGAGUUGAAUGCAGCGCCCGUGAAGUCUUACCCUAAACGCUGA